AUGAUCACCAACCUCCUUGACUCUCGACACCCGUACCCAGUCUUUCGCAGAUUAUGCGACUUCCUCGAUAUUCAAGAUAUUAUUCAUCUGACGCGGACGUGCAAGAAGUUCUCUGGACUUUACUCUUACUUGCUACCUAUUCUAUGGAACGUCGACAAAAGGCUGGAGCGAUUUGCACAGCAACCUGAAAUCUUUCGCUCUCAGAUGGGUCUCUACGACGCUCUUAUCACCGGCUCAUUCGCAGUGCAAUUCUUCGAACGAGUCACGUGGCCCAAGGCAGCUUUGGAUAUCUACAUUGAGCGGGGUCAUAAAAUGGAUUCAUUUUGCGAGUACUUAGGUAGCACUGAAUCCUGUACCGACCGGGCCCCGCGCGAGUCCGAGCAAUGCGAACCUUUUCUUCUUGAUGAGGAUUUGUUCGAAGUUCGACAUUUUACUACGCCUAGAACCGAGAGCGAGAUCAGAGUAGUUGGGACUCCAGAUCACCCUUUGCGUACCAUCUUGGAUCUUUCCCAUUCCACAGUCGUAGUCAACUUCAUCACAUGGAACAAAGCAUACGCCAUCUUCCCCUUGCCUACCUUUUGCCAACAUAGGGGCUACUUGCUCCAGCAGUUGGACGACUGGGAGAGGCCGUUGGUACAAGAAUACUCUCGACGAGGCUGGACGAUAGAGGAGAUGAUGUGGCCUGAAGACCACUGCAAAAACCAUCCUCUUCGUCCCCAGCGGAGGACUGGUGAUCAACAAUCAUGGAUCAUCCCAUUCAACGCCUUUAACGUAAAGCUCUCGUCAACGCCGGAUUAUCAUAUUGACCAUGGCUUUUUCCAAAUCAAGCACACACACAUACACCAGCCCUACGACGGCGAGUUCAAAAGAGAUGAGCAGAAUUUCUGGUACUCGAUUGAAGCCGUAACAAUCCAGCCUCCUAUACUACGACAUCCUCUUGUAAUUGGGACCGACAGCUUGUUUCAAUAUAUUUUCACAAGAGGUAGAGUGCUCACGCAUACCGAAAUGCUCAAAUUGAGUCCUGACCAUCGACCGGAGCAUUAUGAACAAAGGCUCGCGAAACCGGAGGAGUGGUGGCACGAGCCAUUUUAUAAGCCUGAUUAUUGGCAGUACUACGAUGAUCGUGUUCCCAAGUGGAUCGCAAUGUGGGAGGAAGAGGAAAAGUCGAUGGAAUAA